CUUCAUUUGCUCUCUCCAUAAAUGCUAUUCCACCAUCUCAAUACGCCUGCAUGCAAUAACUCCUCUUUCGCCUGCCACAUCCACUCCAUCUCUUCUUCUCUCUCUCUCUCUCCUUGUCUGUUUCCUUCUUCAUCACCAUUAUUCAUCUUCCUCAUCAUCUCCAUCUCCACAACCCUUUUUAUUCCGAAACCCCUCAACCUAUACUACUAUUAAUCCAUAAAAACCCACUUUUCUCUUUCUUUCCUCGUAGUAAUAAUAAUAAGAGAGAAGAGUGUUUUUUCAUGUGUGCACCCAAAAUCGUUUUAGGCGUUAUAAACAUUAUAUUAUAUAUAGUCAAAGAUCCUCAUCUUUAUCCAGAGUGUCAAAACUCUUUUUUCCUAUAAUAUUAUUAAUAUUUUUGUACGUUAAUCGUGUUUUGUUUGGCUUUUUAUACGUAAUACAGAGAAACAGUACUUUUUUGAAAAAGCCACAAAUUAUUAUACUCAAUUUCUGCCCUACCUAUCUAUCUAUAUAUCUGUUACAUUACAUUACAUGUUGUAAUAUAUGUUGUUAGCCUAAUAGGACCAGAGAAUCUAUUAAAAGCUACCGUCACUAAGAGUCAACUCCCCAACAAAACCAAAACCUAAAUCCAAACCCAAAACAAAAUUUCUCUUCCAGCUGGCCAACAUUUUUUUUUUUUAAAAAAAAACCCCAAGUACGACUGAGUUUCUAUAGAAAUGAAUUUAUCGUCUAGGGUUUGUAGAAGACUGUUUAUAUACAUAUGUCUAUAGUCUUUUCCACUAAGAAAAAAUGUUUCCAGUUCGAUCAUCAUUCGUCGGAAGACAGUAGUAUUAUUUGCCGUAUUAAUUGAUUCUGGUCAACUUCGCAGGCGACUGAGUAGCUAGUUCGUUUAUCAGAAAAAUGCAUAGGUUUUUGUUGGCUGCAGAAUCAUCAUAAUAUAAUAAUAUAGAGUCAAGGCUAUUUGGAAUUUGGUGGAAGAAAAUGUUUCAGCCAAAUAUGUUUGAAACCACGCAUCAUCAUCAUCAUCACUUAAUGGAUAUAAGCCACAAUAAAAGCAUUUCUGAAAGUGAUCAGUUGGGUUUGGGGGCCAACUUGAGAGACGAUGAUCUUGAGACUAAAUCAGGUACGGAAUUAAUCAUGGAAGCUGAUCCAUCUGGAGAUGAUGAACUAGAUCCAACUCAAAAAUCAAAAAGGAAACGUUAUCAUCGUCACACCCAACGUCAAAUCCAGGAAAUGGAAGCAUUCUUUAAGGAGUGCCCUCACCCAGAUGACAAGCAGAGAAAGGAGCUUAGCCGUGAGUUAGGUUUAGAGCCUUUACAAGUCAAAUUUUGGUUCCAAAAUAAACGAACUCAAAUGAAGGCUCAACACGAACGCCAUGAAAACUCAAUUCUGAAAGCUGAGAACGAUAAGCUUAGAGCUGAGAACAAUAGGUACAAGGAAGCCUUGAGUAACGCCACAUGCCCUAACUGUGGAGGACCAGCCGCACUAGGCGAAAUGUCAUUUGAUGAACAACAUUUAAGGAUAGAAAAUGCUCGUCUAAGAGAAGAGAUUGAUAGGAUAUCUGGGAUUGCGGCUAAAUAUGCGGGAAAGCCGUUAUCUUCAUUUUCUCACCUUUCGUCUCACGCUUCUCGUACUCUUGACAUUUCGGGUGUUGGAAAUUUCGGGUCUCAGUCGGGUUUCGUGGGCGAAAUGUUUGGUGCUACUGGUGAUCUACUGAGGUCAGUUUCAGUCCCUACCGAAGCUGAUAAACCAAUAAUAGUUGAGUUAGCUGUUGCAGCUAUGGAGGAACUUAUUAGAAUGGCCCAAGCUGGUGACCCUUUAUGGAUUCCUGCCCAUCAUGACAAUAACUCCAUUAGUGGUGGUAAUAAUAGCACUGAAAUUUUAAACGAGGAUGAGUACUUGAGGACUUUCCCUAGGGGAAUUGGGCCUAAACCACUUGGCAUGAAAUCUGAAGCCUCAAGAGAAACAAAUGUGGUCAUUAUGAAUCAUACUAAUCUUGUUGAGAUUCUUAUGGAUGUGAACCAAUGGUCGACCAUAUUUUGUGGAAUUGUUUCAAGAGCUAUGACUCUGGAUAUCCUCUCAACUGGAGUAGCAGGGAACUACAAUGGAGCAUUACAAGUGAUGACAGCUGAGUUCCAAGUCCCUUCACCACUUGUUCCAACGAGAGAGAAUUACUUCGUUAGGUACUGUAAACAACAUGGCGAUGGAACUUGGGCAGUGGUUGAUGUUUCCUUGGACAAUUUACGCCCAAGUCCCAUUUCCAGGAGCCGAAGAAGGCCAUCUGGUUGCCUAAUCCAAGAAUUGCCAAAUGGAUAUUCAAAGGUUACUUGGGUGGAACAUGUUGAAGUGGAUGAUAGAGCUGUUCACAACAUCUACAAACCGCUAGUUAACUCGGGUAUUGCCUUUGGAGCAAAGCGUUGGGUAGCUACAUUGGAUAGACAGUGUGAACGACUUGCAAGCUCAAUGGCCAGUAACAUUCCUGCUGGAGAUCUCUGUGUGAUAACAAGCCCUGAUGGAAGGAAAAGUAUGCUGAAGCUAGCGGAGAGAAUGGUGAUGAGCUUUUGUGUGGGCGUUGGUGCUUCAACUGCUCAUGCUUGGACGACACUGUCGGCAACGGGUUCUGAUGAUGUAAGGGUCAUGACCAGAAAGAGCAUGGAUGACCCGGGUCGGCCUCCCGGCAUUGUCCUAAGUGCCGCUACUUCAUUCUGGCUUCCCGUUCCACCCAAGCGAGUUUUCGAUUUUCUAAGGGACGAGAACUCUCGAAGUGAGUGGGAUAUUCUCUCUAAUGGUGGACUAGUUCAAGAGAUGGCUCAUAUAGCCAAUGGGCGUGAUCCGGGCAACUGUGUCUCCUUACUACGCGUAAAUAGUGCAAAUUCUAGCCAGAGCAACAUGCUGAUACUUCAAGAGAGUUGUACUGACUCAACGGGGUCUUAUGUGAUUUAUGCACCAGUUGAUAUAGUUGCGAUGAAUGUGGUAUUAAGUGGAGGAGACCCUGAUUACGUGGCACUCUUGCCAUCUGGCUUUGCCAUCCUUCCUGAUGGGCCUGCUAAUAACAAUAAUAAUAUUAAUAAUAAUAAUAAUAACAGCCAUAAUUCUGGUAUCAUUAAUAAUAAUGGACCAGCUGGAUCAGGAAUCGUUGAGGUUGGUUCGGGUGGCUCAUUACUCACUGUGGCUUUUCAAAUCUUAGUAGAUUCGGUUCCCACCGCAAAACUUUCCCUUGGUUCAGUUGCAACAGUUAACAACUUGAUUAAGUGCACUGUUGAAAGGAUCAGAGCUGCUGUCACCUCUGAAAAUGUUCAAUGAUAUUGAGGUAAAGGCUUCUUAUGAUGUCCUGAGAUGAUGGUGAUCGAGCAUUUAGUGACUACAUCAGAAUUAAUGGAAAGUAUGAACUAAGUUAAUUAGUCUUAGUUUGAUUAAUUAUUAGGAUCUUAAUUAUUACGAGGUAUAAAAGAAGGAAGUCAAGAACGCACCUUAGAAAAUAUAUCCUUGUUGUGUUGAUGAUCGAUGAUGAGGACAACAAAGUUGGAGAAUGGAGAGACUAUUUUGUGGGGGAAAUGCAAUUAAGGAUAAUGGGUUCGGGCAUUGACUUCGAAAUAUCAAAUUAAGUAGACUCAUGACGUAUGUACGGCCUUUUAAUUAUUGUUUAUAAUAAAUUUUAAGUUUCAAUAACUUUUGCUUAAUUAAUUUUAGGCCCUUUUUGGUUUAAUUAUAAUUAGUUGAAAAUGUACUAAUAUUAUGUCAUAUGUGACUCAGGAUCCUUAUUAAUGUAGAUCACAUUAUUUAGUAUUUCAAUUAAUUAAUUAAUGUCUUUUAUUUCAAA